AUGUCUGUACGUGCGGUGAUGCGCGCCUUGUGCAAGAACAAGACACUUUGCUAUGGAGUCCCCAUGCUGUUGCUGAUUAUUGAUCCUGAAUUAGAAAAAAAACUGAAAAUAAAUAAAGUAUCAUUGGAAUCAGAGCAUGAGAAAAUAAAGGAUUCUGCUUUUGAUGACUGGAAGAAUAUUCGAGGACCCAGACCUUGGGAAGAUCCCAACCUCCUCCAAGGACGAAAUCCAGAAAUUCUUAAGACUAAGACAACUUGACUCAGUUGAUUCUUUUCU